CCGCUAGUGGGGUCUCGUGUGUGUGUGCACUAUGCCCCACAACCUCGUCCAAAACAAAUCGGCCUGUUAGUUGUUUUGUUUUCGUCGCGGCGUGGUUUGCUUCGCGACCGGUCAUGUGGCAUCUUUGCGUGCCACGCCGAUAGUCUGAUCGUUCUUGGACUAUGGAUUAGGAUAGGACGUGCAUUCGAUUUAAUUUUUUUCUUUUUUUUUCAUUCGUUUUAUGCCAGUUUUUGAGCCAGUUUUAGUAUUAGUUUUUUUGCAUUACUACUUUACGAUUUUUUUUGUCGGAUCCCGCUUUUUUUGGAGCGAUUCAAGAAUUCAGCCCGUCUACUUCGUCAUCGCUCGGUAGACUAUAAUCGAAAAUUUUCGACCGAAUUGUUAUGGAACGCCUCUAUCGAAACUCUAAUUUUAUAGCAGAUAACAAAAAUUCGUUACUUUUUUGAAACUUUUCGAUAAAACUUCGCUUAUUUGUGUUAUGCUUCGAAGAUAACGACGGUCGAAAUAUUUGAAAAUAGUCACACGUGGACUGGUUGUUUUCUUUUUGAUAAGACGAAGAAAGAGGAUAUUUUCAUGGUUUUCAUGGACGAUUGUCGGUCGGACCUCAACAGGUGCACAGGGGCUCCGAGACCGGCGGUGCCCUUAUCACCAACAGCUCCUGAGGCUGAAGGACCUCCUGUUCAAAUAGAACCGGUCGAUCUCAGCGUAAAGACGCCCGUAGUUCUUCAAGUACCGAAAUUUCCGAAGAAGUUGAAAAAUCCCGCACCACCCUUGCAAAUCCACCAACCGCCUGAUAUUCCUAAAUUCAAUGUGAUAACCCAACAAGACAUCAGAUUUAAUUUAACAGACCCCAGAUCUCUGACAUCGACCACGGCCCUGCUGGCUUUCCAGAGGAUAAAGGACACGUCUUUGUCAAUCACCAGAAGUUCCCUUUUGGAGUCGACGCCCAGCAAAUCAAGUACAAACAGCGCCAUCAAGCAGGAAUUCGAAGACUCCAAAGCGCCCGAGGUGACGAUAAGGAGGAGGAAAAUCCACAGGUGCGAUGUGGCAGGAUGCAAUAAGGUUUACACGAAGAGCUCGCACUUGAAGGCGCACAAACGGACUCAUACCGGUGAGAAACCCUAUCAAUGUUCGUGGGAAGGUUGCACGUGGAAAUUCGCGAGGUCCGAUGAAUUGACGAGGCAUUACAGGAAGCACACGGGCCAGAAGCCGUUCAGCUGCAAUCUCUGCCAGAGAUCGUUCAGCCGGUCCGAUCAUCUUUCGCUGCACAUGAAAAGGCACUAAUCAAUAGGUAAAUUAAUAUGAUAGAGAAAUAUUCGCGCGGAAAAUGCCUGCAUUGAAGGUACCGUUUCUUGGGGGGAAGUGGGGUCGUCGAAAAUUGUUGUAUUUGUAGCUAGAUAAAUGGCGCAUAGUUAUGCGUUUUCUGUGGAAAUUUACAGUUGGAAGGAAAUGUUAGUGAUAGGAAUCGCGGCUUUUCGCAUCGAAAUAUUUACGUACUAAUUAGUUUUUAAAAUAAUACGUUUAUUUUUGAA